UGGAAACGGGAGAUAACAGAGCUCUUGAUAACCCGUGUUAUUCUUUCCAUUGUAUUCCUGGAAAACACAAUGAAAUCUUUUCCCCUUUUUUCAAGGGAGUCUUUGAUAACCCUAUCAAGUCAAAAAGAAGUUGGGCAGCAGCAAACUCGACUCUUAGGACUUUUGCUUAAUUUUACAGGGUCACUCUUAUCGGCUGUUUUUUUUUUCUUUCAAGGAAUAGCUUGCAAACAGAUGGGUGUUUGCUGCUGAUAUUUGACUUCAGAGUUUCCAAGAUAUUCCUUAGCACUGCGGGGAAAUUUUUGGGCUGCAGUGAUAACCUUUGGCUGCGUGCAUGGCACUGGUGGAGGCAAUAGGGACCGUGGUGGGGUAUAUAAGGGUGCACGUGGAGCUCUGGAGGUCUACUGGGACGGCUUCCGAGAGCAGCUCACCAUGAAGUGGCUGAUCCUCACCGUGCUGUGCCUGCACCUCUGCGAGGGGCUGCUGCGGGUUCCUCUGAAGAAAGGCAAGUCCAUCAGGGAGGCGAUGAAGGAGAGCGGCGUGCUCCACGACUACCUGGCGAAUCACCGCUACUACGACCCUGCCUACAAGUUCUUCAGCAAUUUUGCCACUGCCUAUGAGCCCCUGGCGAACAGCAUGGAUAUGUCCUAUUAUGGGGAGAUCAGCAUUGGGACCCCCCCGCAGAACUUCCUGGUGCUCUUCGACACCGGCUCCUCCAACCUGUGGGUGCCCUCCACGCUCUGCCAGAGCCAGGCCUGCGCCAACCACAACGAGUUCAACCCCAAUGAGUCCUCCACAUUUUCAACUCAGAAUGAGUUCUUCUCCCUGCAGUACGGAUCUGGCAGCCUCACCGGCAUCUUUGGCUUUGACACAGUGACAAUCCAGGGCAUCUCCAUCACAAACCAGGAGUUCGGCCUGAGCGAGACAGAGCCUGGCACCAACUUUCUGUACUCUCCCUUCGAUGGCAUCCUGGGGUUGGCCUUCCCUGCUAUCUCUGCUGGUGGAGCCACCACUGUGAUGCAGCAAAUGCUGCAGGAAAACCUGCUGGACUCCCCCAUCUUCAGCUUCUACCUGAGUGGGCAGGAGGGCAGCCAAGGUGGUGAGCUCGUCCUCGGCGGCGUCGACCCCAACCUGUACACGGGGCAGAUCUUCUGGACUCCUGUCACCCAGACCACCUACUGGCAGAUCGGGAUUGAAGACUUCACUGUUGGUGAGCAGAGCAGUGGCUGGUGCAGCCAGGGCUGCCAGGGGAUCGUCGAUACAGGAACCUCCCUCCUCACCGUUCCCAACCAGGUCUUCAGUGAGCUGAUGCAGUACAUUGGAGCUCAAGCUGAUGGCAACGGCCAGUAUGUGGCAAGCUGCAGCAACAUUGAGUACAUGCCCACCCUCACCUUUGUCAUCAGUGGCACCAGCUUCCCCCUGCCUCCCUCUGCCUACAUGCUCCAGAGCAACAGUGGCUACUGCACCGUUGGGAUUGAAUCCACCUACCUGCCCUCCGAGACUGGGCAGCCCCUCUGGAUUCUUGGAGAUGUCUUCCUGAGGGUCUACUACUCCAUCUAUGACAUGGGCAACAACAGGGUGGGCUUUGCCACUGCUGUGUAGGCAGCCUCAGUGCUGUGCCACAGCUCUGUGCGUUGGAGCAUCUCCAUCCCCGCAGAGCCCAGACCCCUUCUCUUGCGAAAUCUUUGCAUUGAAGAUGGGUUUCUUUCCAGACUGUACUGUGAAGAAAUAAAAGA